CCGUUCUCUUUACUAUCGGAUUUUGAAUAAUACUUUGAAUUUUUAUUUUUGGAUGAUGUAUACUGAGACGGCGCAGAAAAUUGAUGUGGAGGCCGGGCGCAGGCAUCUGUAUCCGAUGAUGCAAGAGCCGCCGGCGAUUAGGUGGGCUUUUAUUCGGAAAGUUUAUUCAAUCCUAUCCUUUCAAUUGUUGGCUACAAUAGCGGUUGCAGCCACCGUUGUUUUUGUUCAUCCGAUCGCUCGUUUUUUCGUCAGCACCGUCCCCGGCUUGGCUCUUUACAUCGUCAUAUUGAUCAUGCCUUUAAUUACCCUUUUUCCAUUGUAUUUUUUUCACCAGAAGCAUCCAUGGAAUUAUCUUCUGCUUGGAGUUUUCACCGUUUCUCUCGCCUUUUCUGUUGGAUUGACGUGCGCUUUUACCAAAGGGAAGGUUAUUUUGGAGGCAGCGAUUCUAACAGCAGUCGUAGUUGUGUCUCUAACCCUGUACACCUUCUGGGCUGCAAAGAGAGGCCAUGAUUUCAACUUCCUUGGCCCUUUCUUGUUUGGUGCUCUCCUUGUUCUUAUAGUUUUUGCCUUGAUCCAGAUUUUUUUCCCUCUGGGUAGGUUAUCGGUGAUGAUCUACGGCGCCCUUGCCUCAAUCGUGUUCUGCGGUUUCAUCAUCUACGACACCGACAACUUGAUCAAACGCUACACCUACGACGAAUACAUUUGGGCUGCUAUAUCUCUGUAUCUCGACGUGCUUAAUCUCUUCCUAUCGUUGCUUUCCCUUUUAAGAGCUGCUGACUGAUGGUUAAAUGGAUAUGAAAGUGCCUGUAAG